UUUUUUGGAUUCAACCAGCUGGAUGGAGACUGACUGUCAAGUAAGCAAGCGCGUAAAAUAUAACUAAAAAGUGGUUGAUUUAAAGCAGAAGCUUUAGGAUAUCAGUCAGCUAUGCCCCGUCCAGGAAAAAACUCAUACAGCGACCAGAAGCCUCCGUACUCAUACAUUUCACUGACAGCGAUGGCCAUCCAAAACUCUCCGGAGAAGAUGCUGCCUCUGAGUGACAUUUACAAGUUCAUCAUGGAUCGCUUUCCAUACUACCGAGAGAACACCCAGAGGUGGCAGAACUCCCUUCGACACAAUCUCUCCUUCAAUGACUGCUUCAUCAAAAUCCCCCGGAGGCCCGACCAGCCUGGGAAGGGAAGCUUCUGGGCUUUGCAUCCGGACUGCGGGGACAUGUUUGAAAACGGCAGCUUCUUGAGGAGGAGGAAGCGUUUCAAGGUGCUGCGCGCAGAGCACAUGGCCUGCAAGACGUCCCCAAUGAUGCACUACUUCCACCAUCACCACCACCACCACCACCCGGGCAACAAGCUGGGCGCCGCACCGGCUCACCCCGAACACCCGGUUGCCCCGGCAGGCGUGGGCCGGCUCCCUCACUUUCAGAGCUACGGGGGGAUCACCUGCACGCAGCCCGGUGGGUUCAAGCAUCCUUUCGCCAUCGAGAACAUCAUAGGAAGGGACUACAAAGGCGUGGUGGCCGGCGGGCUUCCUCUCACCUCGGUCAUGCAUCACCUAGGUUACCCGGUGCCUCCUCAGCUCAGCAGCGUUGUCAACUCCAUGUGGCCGCACGUCGGCGUGCUGUCAGAGACCAUGAGCGGCGUGCCCGUGCCCGCGCCAUCAUCUGAGUACGCGCCCUUCAGCGUGUCCGCCAAGGGCCUGUACCACAGCGCCAGCGGGCCAACCCUGCCCGCGAUCCCGGUGCCCAUAAAGCCGACCCCGUCUCUGGGUCCGAUGCCCGGUCUAACGGGUAUGCAGACCGGUCCGACCCAGCUCUGCUCUGCAGGGUCGGUGAUGGAAAAGAGCGAUCUGCUGGAGGGAAAGGGAGCCCCGCUGCACCCGGCUCUGCUGCUGUCCUAACCGGGUAAAAUAAAAAAGUGUUGAUUUGAGCUCUUUUUCCUCUCUUGAAGGAACCCGUGAUAAAUAAAUCAGAACAGAACAUCUGAGACACAAACUUGUCAUCAACUGUUGUAAAAUACGUACUUGUCCUCUGUAACUAAUUUCUCAUUUAGACCUUUGUGUUUAAAAAUCCUAAUUAUUUUGCACACUUUGCAAGGGCAUUUACCACCAAAGUGGCGAAUAUAAUCAGACAAGCAGAUUCCAAAGAAAGCUUUCGCUCAAAAGACUUUCCUAAAUGCAAAAUAAGAAAUUAUAUUUUUUGCUGUCAUUCUUCACAGUAAAUCAUUGCGAGUCUGUUCGCUAAAGUAAAAGUAGGCCUUUUGCUUUCUUAAAAAAAAUAAUUAUAAUAAUAAUUAGGCCUGUUGCACUUUUUUGUCUGUACUUUUAGCAGUUUAUUAAACAUGUUAUGACUGUA